CCAGCGCGAGCUGCUGCAUCAACUGUCUCUCCGUGAGGUGUGUGGAGCGACUCAGUCAACGAAAACUUACCAGAACAUGUGCUGAAGCAGUGAGUAUGCGGACUUUCGAGGGAUGCUAACUGGAUUUGACAACUUUGGUCGAUGACAACAAGAUAGUGAUCGGGAAGCCUGACUCACCUGGAGCGUUAGAUGUACAACACCUUUUACAAGGCUUAUUGCCUACGGUAAUGGCCUACGAGUGGAUAUCUAUGCCGCUGAUACAUGUCAGGACCAGUCACAGCUAGCGCAUAUGGGCACACACAUGGGCUUGUAAGCUGUGACUGUGAUCCCUACUAUCAAGGACAUUCCUCAGUCCUCCAGGGUCACCUCCGUGGGCUUUCUAUCUGGCAGUUUGUACAGCUGCACAAGCUUCUGUUUCCACAACACGCACACACAAAACACACACAGAACACACUCUGUGUGGAAGCUGAAGUCAUUAUUUGCCCCAGCACAUGCCUAUGACCACGAUGGCACACUGAAAGUGAAGAAGAAGCUUGGGUCUGUUGUGUAGCAUGACCUGAAGUGGAUCUCUCUCAUCAUCUAACUGCAGCAAAACAAAGGAUAAAGCAGGCCGCUCCAGGGAGACUCAAUGGCCACUGAAGAAAAUCAGAAACAGGUUGAGGCUGUAGUUCUGGCUUCAUCUUCAUCCACUGAGCAUAGACCCAGCAGAGAAGCCAGGCGCUCAAAUGACAGCCGGGAAGUACGGCGAUACUCUGACCAGUUGUGGCAUUCAAAAGAAAGGAGCAGGCCUUCCCUCCUUUUAUAUAGGAAGCUGUCGUGUGACAGUGGGAAAGGGACAAUUUUGGACGAGGAAUAUGAGUGCUUGUAUUACAGCUCAGAACUCUUGAGCACUGAAGAGAAACUUUAUCCAGAGCUGUCGGCUGGCAGUAACAGAGUUACUCCAAUACCUGGGAAAAGUUCAGGGGGAUCUCCGUGCCAGCUGGACACCCUUGGAGAGGGUGUGGAUGCAGGCAGAAACAGAACUGGCAGCACCCGCUGCUCCUGCACCAUGGCUGGCAAUUGUGUGAGUCCAAACAUCUACUGUUGCCACAGCCCUAGAUCCAGUCCGAGCCCCAGCCCUGUUCAGAGUCCGAGCCUCAGCCCCAUCCCCUCUCUGCCCAAUCAGCGACACAUCCGCCGCAGCAGCCUGCCCGUGUCUGUGCGGGCUUUCCAUAAGACAUCAUCCUGCCUCUCAUCUCGCUGCAGUCCGUCCAGUGAACCAAGCUCUUUGGUGUCCUCUCCUUGUAGUUCCCCCUUGCCCAACCCUCGCCAGCAUCACCAAAAUGGACGCCUCCACCGGCACCAUCUCAAAGAUGGCUACUCGAGUUUAGAGAGGCUCAACCGAAGGCCCAGGGUCAACAAAUGCUCCCUGGAGAAACUAUUCCUGCUACGGGCAUCUCUCGACACCAUGACGACAACCGCGGGGAGCGUUAAGAGGUCAUCUUUAGGAGUGACCGGGAACUGCAGCGGGGGCAGCAGCAGUGAUGAAGAGGAUGGAGAGGGUCUCUUGGAUAACGCAGAGUUUGUUAGGAACCGUGGAGAACGUUCCACUGUCCUAGUGAGGCGCUUCUUCAGGAAUAAUCAAAAGGUGACCAAGUCAGUGUGUACUGGAACCAGAGCGAUUGUCAAGACACUGCCAUCAGGACGCAUCUCAGAGGAGGUCUGGGAGGUGGUUGCUUAUCGCAGAAUAUGGCAACCCAGCAAGAAGAAUAUCUGGCCAAUCUUAAUGCAGGUUGUGGGAGAAGAAGUCAGAGUCUGCAGGGGGAUACUACGUUUUGUUGGAGUUAAGCUACAUCAAGUUACCAACUAUGUGCUGGACGGAGAGGAACACAAUCUGAUACAUCCUGCCAAAAAGAUCCUUCUGUUUUUCCCUGGAUGUUUGUGUCUCAGGGAUUCUCGCUGGCUAUCAGACACUGUCAGUGUCAGCGUCAGCCCAGCCAGACCGAAUCUGAGGUGUUAUCAUUCUUCUCAUCCACAUAGGUUUUUUCGUGCAUGUGGCCAGAGGACGUCUGUGUGUUCCCUGCUGACCGGAGCCCUACUAGAGGCCACAGCCGCUCUCGGUGCCCGCUUGGCUCUACCUUACCCUUUGCCCCAGGGCCCCAACAGCCACGUUGUGCUGAAAGAGCGUCAGCUGGCCAACAGUAUGACCAGCAGCAGCUCUCUUCCUCCCAGUGUCAGUGGGAUCAGUAAGGAGUUGGCAGAGGUGCGCCACCUUGUUCAGUUCCCUGAGGAGAUCGCCUGUAUCCUCACCGAGCAGGAGCAGCAGCUCUACCAACGGGUCUUUCCCUUGGACUACCUCUGUUUCCUCACUCGAGACAUGGGCAUUCCAGAGUGUCAAACUAAACGCCACCCAAACCUCAAGGCCUCACUGUCAGUGCCCACCAUGCCUACCCAGAGUGCUCAGCGAAGUAAUGCUGUGGAGGACCUGGUGGCGCGCUUCAAUGAGGUGAGUUCGUGGGUGACGUGGCUGAUCCUGACAGCAGGGUCCAUGGAGGAGAAGAGAGAAGUUUUCUCCUAUCUGGUCCAUGUCGCUAAAUGCUGUUGGAACAUGGGAAACUACAAUGGUGUCAUGGAGUUCCUGGCUGGACUCAGGUCCCGCAAGGUGCUGAAGAUGUGGCAGUUCAUGGAUCAGUCGGACAUCGAGACCAUGAGGAGCCUAAAGGAUGCCAUGGCUCAGCACGAGUCUUCUUCUGAGUACAAGAAGGUUGUGACCAGAGCUCUCAAUAUCCCAGGAUGCAAGGUGGUGCCAUUCUGUGGGGUUUUUCUGAAGGAGCUGAGUGACGCGUUGGAUGGGACAGCAAGCAUCAUCAGCCUCAAACAUCAAUCUCCAGAUACUACAGAGGACUCAAUAGAGUUUGUGUCUGACUACAGCGGCCAGCACAACUUCAUGCCACGGUCUGGUCCAGAUGGUCUACACGUCCCAGAGAAAGAAGCAACUGUCAGCAACAUCCUCCAAAUUAUCAGAUCUUGUAAUCGUAGUUUGGAGGCAGACGAUCCUGACGAGGCGUCUACCAGUCCCUCUUCUGCUGGCCCAUACCUUGCGUCCAGAAACAACUCCUUCAGGGACCGCUGCCGCAAUCAAUUCAUGCUAGGCGACUUGUCAGAUUCAGAUGGCGACUUGUCGACUGAGCCGGUGGUGAAAGAGGUGGAGUUUCAGGGGACUGAGGAGACACACAGAGCUUUCAGCCAUGGCACUGAGCUCAUUCCCUGGUACGUGUUGUCGCUACAACCAGAUGUUCACCAGUUUCUGCUUCAGGGGGCCACAGUCAUUCACUACGACCAGGACAACCACCAGACAGCUCGCUGUCUGCUGCGACUACAACCUGACAACACAACACUCACCUGGGCUAAGCCUCAUAGUGGAGGCGCUUCCCCCACAGAGCCACCACUGGGAUUAGGACAGGCUGUAGUGGCAGGACUAGCAGAGGGCCUUUUGGACCUGGGAGUGGUGAAGGCAGUGUUCCUGGGUCAUCAGGGAGUGGACGUUCAUGCCGUGUGUUUGCAAAACAAGCUGAGCCAGAUGACGGUAGAGGAGAAUGGUCUCAGUCUUCUCUACGGUCUCAGUACCACUGACAACAGACUCCUGCACUUUGUGGCUCCCAACCACACGGCACAGAUGCUCCAUAAAGGCCUGUCAGAGUUGGUGAAUGCAACCAGAAAAUUAAAGAAAUUUCCUGACCAAAGGUUGCAGUGGCUGAGGAGGCAGUAUGUCAGUUUGUAUCAGGAGGAUGGCCGGUAUGAAGGCCCUACACUAGCCCAUGCCAUUGAGCUGUUUGGGGGCCGAAGGUGGAACAUGGGCACAGGUGGCGUGGAGAAACCUGCCGCCCAGAAAAACAGCCCUCUGAGCAUCAAUGAUAAGACCAAGAAGAAAAAGAAGGUCCUUGUCAGGGGAGACAGUGGAGAUGCCACGGAUGAUGAGAUGGUGUCCAGGAAAACACGGAGCUGUAAAGACGGACUGUAUCGAAACGGACCAGAGUCUGACAGCAUCGACCAAGAAGAUCCAGAGGACAGCUUCCCUGGACCAUUCUCCCUCUCAUCCAGUAAAAACCCUGGAUUGCUUGCCUCUUCUUCCUCCUCCUCCUCCUCUUCCUCCAGCAUGGUGGGGUCCAACCAGUCCCGUCCACAGUCCUCUCCAAUCCUCUCAGGAACUACCAAGCCGCAGCCAGGGGCUUGGAGCAGCAGGUCGUGGCACGGUCGAGGUAAAGGCUGUUUCAAAGGCUUCCAGAAUCUCAUGAUUUCUGACAGCACGAUGAGCUUCAUUGAGUUUGUUGAGCUCUUCAAGUCAUUCAGUAUCCGAAGCAGGAAGGACCUGAAGGAGCUGUUUGACACCUUUGCCGUCCCCUGCAGUCGAUCAAGUCCAGAGUCUGCACCUCUCUACACCAACCUCAGGAUAGAUGACAAAGACACGGGGCUACAGCCAGACCUCGACUUAUUAACCCGCAAUGGUUCUGAUCUUGGCCUGUUUAUCCGGACGAGGCAGCAGAUGUCUGACAACCAGAAGCAGAUCUCAGACGCUAUUGCAGCAGCCAGCAUUGUGACCAACGGGACAGGAGUUGAGAACGCAUCACUAGGCGUCUUGGGAUUGGCUAUCCCUCAGCUGAACGACUUCCUGGUGAACUGUCAGAGAGAGCACCUGACCUACGAUGAGAUUCUCAGCAUUAUACAGAGAUUUGAGCCUUCAUCAAGCAUGAGACAAAUGGGUUGGAUGUCAUUUGAAGGCUUUGCAAGGUUCCUGAUGGAUAAGGAGAACUUUGCCUCUCGUAUUGAGGAAUCCCAGAUAAACCCUGAGGAGCUGCAGUACCCUCUGUCUUACUACUACAUUGAGUCUUCUCAUAACACCUAUCUAACCGGACACCAGCUCAAAGGAGAGUCCUCUGUUGAGCUUUACAGUCAGGUGCUGCUGCAAGGCUGUAGGAGCGUCGAGUUGGACUGUUGGGAUGGAGAUGAUGGCAUGCCAGUUAUUUAUCAUGGACACACACUCACCACUAAGAUACCCUUUAAGGAUGUGGUGGAAGCAAUUAACAGGUCUGCAUUUGUCAAUUCGGACAUGCCCGUCAUCCUGUCUAUAGAGAACCACUGCUCCCUCCCUCAGCAACGCAAGAUGGCUGAAAUUUUCAAGACGGUGUUCGGGGAACGUCUAGUGACGCGUUUCCUCUUCGAAAGCGACUUCAGCGAUGACCCGCACCUGCCGUCACCGCUGCAGCUGCGAGGGAGGAUCCUCCUCAAGAACAAGAAGCUCAAAGCACACCAGGCGCCAGUGGACAUACUCAAACAGAAGGCCCACCAGCUGGCCCACAUGCAGGCCCAGGCUAGCAACGGGUCCCCAGGGGUUAUUUCGCCCGGCAACCACACCAAUGAGGAAGAGGAAGAGGAAGAAGACGAGUAUGACUAUGACUAUGAGUCUCUAUCAGAUGCUGAUGUCCUCACAGCCUCUACUGCCUCAUAUUGCCUGGAAGAUAACAUCCUGGAUGACAAGUCAGAGGGGAAGAGCUCAGCAGACAAAGACGAGCACCCUGUUGAUGAAAUACCGAAGAGGAUGAAGAAGUCUGAUAGCACUACACAGAGCAAAGGAAAGGUGUUUGACAUGGAGCUGGGCGAGGAGUUUUACCUUCCUCAGAACAAGAAGGAGAGUCGACAGAUUGCCCAGGAGCUGUCCGAUCUCAUCAUCUACUGCCAGGCUGUGAAAUUCCCUGGUCUUUCCACUCUGUCUCCAGCCAGCUCUAACAGAGGAAAGGAUCGGGGAAAGAGCAGGAAGUCCAUAUUUGGCACAGCUCCUGCUCGCUGCAACACAACAGGGGAGGUCACGACCCAAAGCCGCACCCCUGGGAAAGGUGGCGCCGAGCGACUGAGUUGGGAGGAGCAACAGACGUCUCCCAUCCUUAACCCCCCCACCUCUCUUAGUGCCAUCAUCCGCACGCCCAAGUGCUACCACAUCUCCUCUGUCAACGAGAACGCCGCCAAGCGCCUGUACCGGCGUUACUCUCAGAAGCUGAUCCAGCACACGGUGUGCCAGCUGCUCAGGACAUACCCAGCAGCCACCAGGAUCGACUCAACCAACCCGAACCCUCUGCUGUUCUGGCUGCACGGUAUCCAGCUGGUGGCACUUAACUAUCAGACUGAUGACCUGCCCAUGCAGUUGAACGCAGCUUUGUUUGAGGCCAACGGCGGCUGUGGCUACGUCCUGAAGCCAGCGGUGCUGUGGGACCGCAGCUGCCCGCUCUAUCAGCAGUUCUGUCCGAUGGAGAGGGAUGUGGACAAAAUGAGCCCCGCUGUCUACUCCCUCACUAUUGUCUCCGGUCAGAACGUUUGUCCUGGUAAUAGCGCUGGCAGCCCGUGCUUCGAGGUGGAUGUUCUGGGCAUGCCCAUCGACAGCUGCCACUUCCGCACCAAACCCAUCCACCGCAACACCCUCAACCCCAUGUGGAGCGAGCACUUUCAGUUCACUGUGCACUUUGAAGAAAUGUGCUUCCUGCGCUUUGCCGUCGUAGAGAACAACAGUUCCCAGACUACCGCGCAGAGGACUAUGCCUCUGAAAGCCCUCAAGCCAGGUUACAGACACAUCCAGUUGAGGACACAACAUAAUGAACCUCUUGAAGUGUCGAGCUUGUUUAUCUACAGUCGCAGAACAGAGGAAGGUCCCACAGGGGGAGCUACUCGCUCAUCACUGCUGUUCAGUUCGGAGGAAAAACGUGCGUCGCAGCAACACAGGAUUACAGUGUACGGAGCUCCCGGUCCUGAGCCCUUCACUGUGUUCUGUGUCACAGAACAGACGACCGCCAAACAGCUGCUGGACAUGGUCGUAGCACCUGCAGGAAAUCCGUCGGAGUACUUCCUUUGCGAAGAAAAGGUUCCUCUGUUGAAGGAGCGCAGUGAGGUGAAGCGCUGCGCUCAGCAUCGUCCUCUCGCGCCGGAGGAGGAGGUGGUCAGACUGGUCUCCAGCUGGAACACUGAGGAGGGAUAUGUGGGGAGGAUCUGCCUUAAAACCAGAGAGGAGAACUUAAAUGAGAGGAACACGGUGCUGGAGGGAGAGGAGGAGGUGACUGUCGGAGGUAGAGAAGUAACAGCAGCAGGAGGUGGGGGAGGAGGAGAGGACGAUAUGUUCUUCGUCCAGGUCCAUGAAGUUUCACCAGAGCAGCCUCACACUGUGAUCAAGGCCCCACGCUACAGCACUGCUCAGGACAUCAUACAGCAGACUUUGUCAAAGGCCAAGUAUUCCUACAGUAUCUUAUGUAACCCCAAUCCAAGUGACUAUGUCCUGAUGGAGGAAGUGACCAAGGAGGCCGGCUCUAAGAAGUCCUCCACCGCCAAGCCCCUGCAGCGGGUGCUGCUGGAUCACGAGUGCGUCUAUCAAGCUCAGAGCCGCUGGCGGGGCGCUGGGAAGUUCAUUCUUAAACUCAAAGAGCAGGUGGUGCGGGAAGACAAAAAGACUAAAGUCAUUUCCUUCACCAGCGAGCUGAAGAAGCUGACGAGUCGCAGCCGCAGCAUGACGACUGGCGGUGGAGUGGACGCUCCCGCUCAGAGUAAGGAUGAUAGAGCUGCAUGCUGUGUGGCUCUGACAGAGCUCCAGGAGUGAGGCUCACACUGCUGUCUGUGCAUGGAAGGGCAACAGAGGGUAUCUGUCUGCAGCUGUAGGUCUGAAGGCGUGGGUGGCGGAGGGCAGGGUGGGGGCAGGAAGGUUCUUACAGGCCUCCUCUUCCUCCUCUAGGGCGCAACUUCAACCUGUCUACCUGCCCACCUCCUCUCUGACCCCCCCAGCCUGGACGCUUCACCUCCUCAGGAACUGGAAGAUCCACAAAUGAAGUCCACAGAGAGAGAGGACUUGGGUCGACUACUUCUAAACCUGUAGGAUUCUCCUAGAAGGGCGAAGGGUUUCAGCGAGGGUCCUGCACACCAUGGAAUUCUACGAUAUGCUCCUCUAAGUCCUGAAGGAGUCUGAUGCUUGUGUUAGUUGAACAAGUAGAGGACAGGAUUCAGUCCAAGCCCCAUUUAUGGGUUAGGUGACCGAUGUUCAGCCCCUUUGCUUGGUUGAAUGAUGGACAGGAGUUUCAUCCAGAUGUUUUGAUUGGAAAUCCCACCCGGUGUGGGCGGGUAGCACUGGCUCUACUUGGUUUAUUGUUUGUAGUUUUGCUCCACAGGGAGUCAAGAGCACCAGAGGCAGCUGUUGUAAUUGAAGUCAUCAGGAAUGUGAUCAGGGACACAAAAAGCAUAUUCUCUUCCCAAUAUAUAGGAGGAAUUUAUGAGACUAAAAGGAACACUUCCCUGAGUAGGAAGCUUUUAGAUGUGCCAGUUUUUUUUAUCUCCCAAAAUAUAGAUAAAAUAAAAAAGUAGGAGUGCUUCAAAAUGGCCUCUGGAUUGAAUGAGAUUAGUCAACCACAAUUCUUUUAAGAAGAAAUUCAGAUAUAGUCCUGCUGUAGAUUUGAUGUUCUAUGUGCUAACAUAGGCUAAGAUUUGCUAUUGGAUGACUAUAUCAUGUAUUUGGUUCAGAGUAAGUUUCUAAACAACUCCCCUUUUUCUGGUAUCACACAGCAGACAUAGGGAGGUCUGCUUGGCAAAAUGGAAGGAGAGAUGUAGGAGAGGACGAGGGCUGAAACAGUAAUUCUUCUCUCUUUCUCAGGUAUGGGCACUUUUGGCAGAGGGCAUUGUGAAGGAGGCUGACAAGCUGGCUUGUUUGGUUCUUUUCUUACUGUUCCACUUUCACCAGUACUGUAAGGGCACACGUUGGGCAGUGCAGACGGGCAAAAAGACAACACAGUGAGACAGUCUAUUCAGAUAUUCUGUAAUGUUAGCAACAACAGUUUAGGCGAUCUCUUGCAUGCUGCUGUCUUUGCCAUAAAGGUGAUAAUACAGGAGCGGCAUUUUAAGGCAAUAUAAAUUUGAACUUCUAUGUUGCCUUGAAAUGUUGUAACACUGCCUUUAACUUUUGGUAAUUUUCAGGAUCAUCAGUGGCUGGUUUCACAAAGUAUGUUUGUCUUUAUUGUCCACUAAUAAUUACGUCAACAAGCAUCUUAACUUGCCAGUCAAAUUAAUACAUUUUUACAAAAUACAUACCUAUAGUUACACAAGGGCUGGGUUUGAAAUGUUUUGAUAGUCAUGUAAAUUCAGUGGCUCACUGUGAGUAAUUUGAACAUGUCUUUUUCUAUAAAACUCUGUUCGUUUAAGAAAAGAGUCGAAACAUCUCAAAAGUUAAACGUUACCUAAACACAAGUGGCUGAUCUUUACUAAAGUAAAAUAAAUAUGAUUUGAAACCAAAAUGAUCUCAUCAAAGAAAAAGAGCACAAAUUUGAGCAGACAUUUGAUUCCAGGUUUCGGUCCUUGGCAGUUGAAAGUAUUGAGGUUUAGGACUCAGCCCUAAUGCUAAUAGUGCUAACAAGACAUUUUGGCUAAAUUGAAAAAUGUAAACACUUGUGAGAAGGACUUUUAUGAGGAAAAAUAGCUAAAACAAAACAUAUUUCCUCCUUUAUUUGAGCAGAAUGAUGAUGAAUUCAGCACUAAGACCCUUUGGAGAAACACAGCCAUGUCUUCUUCAAACAGCAUUUUGCACAUUUGUUUUUAACUUCUGCUGUCAUCAGAGUUUUUGUGUUGACAGACAGACUUUAUUGUUAUGAGAUGGUUGAAAAUGACUUUUUUUAAAAUUGUUAUGAUCAUCAUAUUUAUUACUUUGAAUUUCAGCCCAGUUGCAAAUUUAUUUUGGAGCAAAGCACAAGAUAAAAGUUUGGAUUGUCUUUGUCAAACUGAAAUGGCCUUGUAGUCUGAGCCCCAAUUUGAAAUUCCCCACACUAAAAUAUCAACUGAAUGAAUUGCAUUUAACUUACAUUUAUUGGCCUACAUUUACUGUCCUUGAUUUUGAAUGCAGGAUCUUUAUAGAUAGUAUUGAUUGUAGACUUUUCUUUAUAACUAAAUGCUCAUUUCAGUUUUGUGUUUUUUUCAGAAUUGACUAAAACUUCAUUUAUUUGGGGCCACUUUUCCCCUUUUUUUCUGUUUUGAUGUGUAACAUUUCCAUAUGUUUUAAAGUGUAUUUUGUCUCUUUAGAACAUAGUUUUGUUUUAUUAGGCAUUUCACUUGUUAAUACGUAGAUCUUCCCUCUAGUGUAGUCACACUGAUCUCACUGAGAGUUUAAAAUCUACAGUAAAUGCCAGCUGGUCUUGAUUUGUGACAUGAAAAGAAACUUACACAAAAUGUGUAUUUAGGCUUACCAAACUCUGUAGAGACAAACUUUAUUUCCUGAAUCAAAUUUAAAGAAAAGUGUUCUGAACCCACUAUAAUUAAGAAUAAAUAUAACACUUAAACAAUAUAAAACUUGUAAUUGGCAGACUGAAAUUUGGCAUCAGAAGCUUUCUAAAACCUGCAAACUUCAUGUUAAGACACCAAGUAUAAUGUUGUUUAAAAUGUUUGAAUAUAUUUUAUAGGCAAAUGUAGCCACACCCCACAAAAAGAUUGGACUGUUUGUCUUCUUACUUUAAUUUGUCUUUUUAGUAAAAGUUUGCGCAGUGCCAAGUAACGAUGUUUGAAUUUUAGUGCAAUAGUCACUUUUGGUUAGUCAAUUAGUCAAAACUGAUCAUUCACAGGCAGAGAUGGUAUGGCAGUAGGACGAUCCUUUAUGGUAAUGAAGGUAGAUCCGGAAGAAACCACGACUGUCUGUCAAGGAUAAGAGUUAAGCUGAUAUAGUAGUCGCUGUAAUCCUUCUAUCCACUCUGCAUUUUGGUUUAAGAAGUGAAACAUGUUUAUGCAAGGAGAUCAUAUUUCAUAAACUGGUGAUUACUUACAAAGACAAUGCUGGAUAAAAGUGAUGCCAGCUGAUAUGAAAUCCACACUGACUUUAAACAGAAAGGGACGUUUUCUGUUAAGUUGUAAAUGUAUAAUCUGCGGGAGCUUCGUCACAUCCUAACACCGUUCAGACAGAGCUGUGUGUUCUUUGUUUUCCUUCUUUCUAACCUGUAGACCUCAUUUCUGAAUGUAAUAUUUCUUAACGUGAGACAAAUGUGUGUUUGGAUGUUAUUUAUUUUAAUGUGAAGCCCUGGUUGGCAAUUAUCUGUCGUCGUUUAUGUAUAAUUUCCUGUAAGUAGUUUUAAGUGUUUUAUUUUUAUUUAUUUCAAUAUGUAAGAGGAGAAACUCUCUUCUGGCCUAACUUUGCUCAAACUUAUUUAGAUAGGUAAAAAAAAAUGUUUGACUUCAUGUGUAAAAUGCUCAGCGUUGUAUUCAUAUUUCUGGCAUGUUAUUCUGCAGUACACAGUCUUAUGUGAGUUUUCAUAAAUUGGACAAAUGCUGACAGUUCUUUGUCAAAUCUUUUUUUGGGUAUAUUCAUUAUAUCCACUGAGUAUGAAAUAUGUGUUUGCUGACUGUGGGCUAAUGUUUCAUCUUCAGCACUCUGUUGUUUCCAUAAGAUGUGCAGUAUAUACCCUUUAACAUCCACUAUCCGUGUUAUGAUGUGGCUGUCAAGUGAACAUUUGUCUAUUUACUUGAAUUUUUAAAUGGAUGAGAUUUGUCAUAUACUAGGAUCACAAUAAAAAUACAAAUACUUAACAGUG